UGGACAUGAUGAACUUGGCUCUCGGCUAUAAGCCUCCGUCAGCAGGCAGUUCUGGGCCUGGCGCUGGCAGAGGAGCCACCAUGGAUAACCUAGAGAAGCAGCUGAUCUGCCCAGUCUGCCUGGAGAUGUUCUCCAAACCCGUGGUCAUCCUGCCCUGCCAGCACAACCUUUGCCGCAAGUGUGCCAACGACAUCUUCCAGUCAAUUAACCCUCUGUGGCAGUCCCGCGGCCCCUCCAGCGUGGCUACCAGUGGCAGCCGGUUUCGCUGUCCGUCAUGCCGCCAUGAGGUGGUGCUGGACCGCCAUGGAAUCUACGGUCUGCAAAGGAACCUGCUGGUGGAGAACAUCAUAGACCUUUACAGACAGCAGGAGUCCUCCAGGCUUGUGAAUAUAAAGCCAGAGCAGCGGCAGCUGAUGUGUGAAGAACAUGAAGAGGAGAAGAUUAAUAUCUACUGCCUGUCCUGUGAGACGCCGACCUGCUCCAUGUGCAAAGUGUUCGGAGAACACAAGGACUGUGAUGUGGCUCCACUCAGCAACGUCUAUAUGAAACAGAAGACUGAGUUGAGCGACGGCAUCGCGGUCUUGGUCGCCAGUAACGACCACAUCCAGGCAGUCAUCUCUCAGAUGGAAGAAAUCUGCCGCACUACAGAGGAAAAUGGUCAGCAACAGAGAGAACAUCUGGCUAACCAGUUUGACAGACUGGUGGCCAUCUUGGAGGAGCGGAAGCAGGAGCUGGUGGGGCUCAUUACCAAACAACAGGACGAAAAACUCAAACACGUUCGAUCCCUCAUUCGACGGCACAGCGACAACCUGGAGGCCGCAGUGAUGCUGGUGGAGUCGGCCAUUCAGUCAAUGGAGGAGCCACACAUGCCUUUGUUUAUACAGAGUGCCAAAGUCAUACUGGAAAAAAUGGCAGCGACAGCAAGGGCCUCUGACAUUGAGCGUCUGGAGCUCGGUUAUGAGAGUAUGAGCCACUUCGCCAUCGACACCGACGACAUCGCCGUCACGCUGAUGAACGUUGACUUCUGCCCCGGUGUGGGAGAUGAUGGAGAAGAAGAUCCUGAAGAAGGAGGAGAAGAGUCAGAUCUUGACUUCUGCUCCAGACAUUAAUACCAAAGAGGUCCUUACUGUAGUCCUGAGGAAAUGUAAAACAGAGACGGACGUAGAGGUUUAGCAUAAUCCUCCUGAAGAAAUCCACACAGUGUCCAAAAGUGAAUUUAGCCACAGCGGACAUGAAACAACAAAGACAACAGGAAAAACAACAACAACAACAACCCAUAUGAUUUAAAUCAUACCAUAUGCACGAUCAGUCAGUUUCCUCCUGCAGCAGUCCAGAUGCGGGAAGAUUGACGUUGCCAGAUUUUAGCCUCCCACAUUGUUGCUUUUUGUUCACUAAAAAAAGCCAGUGUAUUGUGUAUAAAUAGAUCUCUCUAUGUAUAUCUUACAGGAAACCUAUACAGUGGAUUUAGCAAUGUAUUCUAUGUUGUGGGAGGGAAAGUAAAAAGAUUUUGUUCACAUGUAUUUUUCUUCAGGAUAUAAAGCCCUUAUAUAGCUUUCUGUCACAAUGUUUUCUAAAGGCUUCAGUAAAGACUACAGUUUUAGGCAUUUUGUCAGUUUUAAAAUUCUUUUCAGAUGUAAAUAAAAGAAAUAAAAAAAGACAGUGUGGGGAUUAAAGUCAGUGAGAUGGAAAUGGUUUAUUUGCGAGUAGAGUCAUUUUUAAACAGGACAAUUUUGCAACUCAGAACAGGUGUUAAAUUUUGUACAAUUCCUGGGACACACUGUAGAUUUUCCUCUUCAUAUUUCAAACUAAUAAAUAAAUUAAAGUGCUAAAAAAUACGGAAGAAUGACAAUACCAGUGAACAGGAUGUAAAACUGAAAUAGUGGGCAGAUAAGCUCAUUACUGUAGUAUUGCAAAUGAUGAAGACUGCUGGAUAGAUUUUGGGUUGUUGUGUAUGACCAAAACAACCCAUAUGAACAUUUUCUGCCACGUCUGUGGUGAAGGUUUAAACACCUGCCACUACUUGGUUAAAGGAUAAUUCUGGGGAUUUUGUGCAUCAUCUUAUUGUCAACCAAUCCUAUUAAAAAAUAAUGCUACAAUUAAUUUAUCCUUCUGUUAUCUGUGUAUCCACAGCCUGAUAUUAUUUGUGUCAGAGCUCUAUUGUUGUCCAAAAACUAUUAAAAACACACCAAUGAGCAAUGCUGCUAUAAAUACUCACUAGAACACCAAAUGUGUAUUAAUCCAUGUACCAAAUGUUAGCAUGCUAACAUGCCAAAAUAAGACAGUGUGGUAAACAUUACACCUGCUCAUAUUAGUCAAUGUGAGCAUGUCAGCAUGCUGAUAUGAGCACUUAGCUCAAAGUCGGUUCUUUGAGCUAAAUGAUAACAUUGGCAUGCUAUGCUCCAACCAUGCUAACUGCUAUGCUGUUAUAGUCUGUCUAAAAAUGACACUAUAUAGUUGUGACCCCGUUAAAAUUAAAAAAAAAGAUGUAUGUCUUCAGGAGGAAUCCGUAGGCUUGGGACUAAGUGGGACAAGUGCUAGGGAAGUCAGAAAGUACUGAGGAUAUUGAACACAUUGUUGUUUUUAGUCUUUCCAUAAGAUUUGUUGACAAUAAGAAAAUAUAGAAUAAUGCCAGACUUAUCCUUUCAGGUUAAGGAUUAAAAUAAACCAAGAUUGACUGUUAGUAGGAGAACCAACAUCAACAUAAGCAGGUGUAAACAUUUGAAUAAGGAGCUAAUGUUAUAUUUAUGGAGAGGACAGUCUCAUCCAUGAGAUAUCCGUGAUGGGGGAUGUUAGGGCAUUGGCUGUGAUGAACAGGUGGAACAUUGUAUUGGAGGUAAUGUGCUGAUUUACAAAGAGAAGUUAAUCUCUCACCUGGAUCUCUGACGCUAGGAUCAGUCAGGGCUCUGUCAGCCGGUUCAUAGUGAAUCAUCAGUGACACAGAUAAUUGAUGGUGUUUCUCCUUUGCUAGCCAUGGCAUUGAUUUUUUUCAAAAUUUACUUUUAAGCUUAGCUCAAAAAUGUAUUAUUGAUCUGUUUACCUGUCAUGGGUUGGGCUCUGAUAGUUGUUUCUUAGUCAAAAAGGGAUUUUGGGGUUUGGCU